CACGUGAUCCAGCGCCAAGGCGGGCACUUCCGGUCGGAUCAUCGCAUCGGAUCGCUGUCAGAAUCGAGUUCACCUUGUGUGAAGUAAAGAAAAAAUGGCUGAUGACUUGAAAAGAUACCUUUACAAACAGUUGCCUAGUGUCGAGGGCCUUCAUGCUAUUGUUGUGUCUGACAGGGAUGGGGUCCCUGUGAUUAAAGUUGCUAAUGACAAUGCACCAGAGCAUGCGCUGAGACCUGGGUUCCUCUCCACCUUCGCCUUAGCAACAGAUCAAGGAAGCAAGCUGGGACUUUCAAAGAACAAGAGCAUCAUUUGCUAUUACAAUUCCUACCAGGUUGUACAGUUUAAUCGGUUGCCUCUGGUUGUCAGCUUCAUAGCCAACAGCACUGCCAACACAGGAUUGAUUGUCAGUUUGGAAAAGGAGCUUGCACCGUUGUUUGACGAGUUGCGCCAAGCUGUGGAGGUGUCCUGAAUUGCAAGCUCUGGAAAAUCCACCACUGCCUUGAACACCAUGAACCUAUUGGCAAGUCGAUCGGCAGCAUACACCUUCCCCAAUUUGUACAUUGUGACUUUCAAAGGUAACUGUCGAAUUUAAUGCUGCUAAAAUGGAGACUUGCAGUGUGCAUGACUUUCCUGCAAGGUUUAGCUGUAAUGCUUACAUUGGCUAAUCCUUUGCUUGUCAACAUAACUCAAUCAGUUAUGAUUUCUUGAAGAUAAUUUCAAUCAACUUGUUUAUAUGAAGAAGUUAACAUUGUUUUUGGCCUCCAAUUUUCAUGGUACAUUGGCUUAAUUUUGGCGUCACAUAUAUAAGAGAGAAUCAAUGUUGGAUAUAAAUUACUAUGCUGUAUAAAUUGCAUUCAUUUUGAUUUUAAUGCAGGAAGUGAAGAUCUCAACUAUUUAUAAUUGUAAUUUUACCAUGUAACUCUUCGGUUCUGAUAUCUUGUUAUUAAGCCCUAAGAGAUCAGAGUCCAGUACAAUUUGGAAUUAAACAGAAGCAAUUGAAUCUCUGCAA